GUGCAACGACAAAUAAAAAAAUUAACUGCGCUGUGAUUUUUUUUCGCUACAAUAACAACACAACUGCUGCGCUUGGCUUGUGAGAAAAUCAAGUAAAUGCAACAUAAAACCAAAAAAUUUGUGCAUGUGUGUUUAAAUUGUUUAAAGAAGUGCUGCUAUGAAAAUGGACAGGCAUAAAUUAAUUGACAGCAAAGACGAUAUUAUUUAAUUGUAAUUGUGCUGGAAAACAGUUGAGACUACUACGUAUGCGCAAAAGGAUCUCUGAUUGAGUUGUUAACGCAAACGCUUUUUUAACAAUUUUUGAUUAAAAAUAAACCAAAAAGCCAACUAGACUAUAAAUAACAAAAAACACAAGUGCGAUAUGGCGUCGAUCAAAUUUAUAAACAUAAUCUGUCUAUGCUGCUGCCUUGUUGCUGUGACGAGCACAUUGUCAGAUUUGGAUUUCAUUGCUAUUGAUAAGUGCGCCGGCGUCGUCUGCGCAGAAAAGUGCCCAGAAGACAGAAGACUCGACAGCUUGGUGACUAAUACAAAUUUCGAAGAGAAUCUAGACUUGGUGCCAUUGGUGCCAUUAAGCCGCAUCAAGCGCCAGCUGCAGCAGCUUUGCUGCACCAUCGAAAACAAAUGCCCAGAGCCGCCCACUUGCCAACAGAACGAAACGAUAAUCGAACUAAGCGUGGGCACUGGCCAGCCCGGCAACUGUUGCACCAAAUACGCAUGUGCGCCAGAGCCAACCUGCGAAGGAGCCGGCAUCAAUUACUGGCCAGAUAAGUGCACCAAAUGCAACAGCUGCCAGAUACCCAAUUGCAUUAGCAUCAAAAACUGUGCACCACCCACACAUGCCAGUGGCUGUCAUCACGAGGAUGGCACUCAAUCGCUCAAUGGAGAAACCUGGCGCGAAGGCAUUUGCACUCUCUGCAAGUGUGAGAAUGGAGAAUCGCAUUGCUGGCCAGAUAGUUGUCCCAACGAGGAGGAGACGAUCACCGCUGUAAAUGCCACCACGGAGGGCGUCAGCAGCUCCGCUAGCACCACCAGCGUGCCCACGCUUGAUGCACUUGAUGCAUUCGACUAUUAUAAGCAGUUGAUAAACUAUUUUAUCAAACGACAAACGCUUGAGGGUUCAACUGAGUCGACUACAGAGCCAAGCAGCACCACUAUGGAGGAGCAGUCUACGCAGUCAACGGAGGGGAGUACUUAUCAGACGGAGCUGCCCACAGAACAGCAGCCGGCAGCUGUGGAACUGGAAGCAAGCAGCACUACUGAAGAAAAUGAAUCAAGCACAACAAUGGCAUUGGAAACUACAAUGAUGCCCCAGGAUGUGAGCUCCACUGUAGCUAGUUCAACUGUAGCUAGUUCAACGGUAGCUAGUUCAACUGUCGCUAGCUCAACAGUCGUCAGCUCAACUGUUGCUAGCUCCACUGUAGCCACCUCUACUUCAGCCAGUUCAACUGCAGCUGAAUCAACUGCACCCAGCUCCACCUCAAGCCCUGAUUUGUUGACUGAGUUUGAGCUUUGGCAAAGCAGCAGCGAGCAGCCUGCUCCACAAACUGAAGGUAGCAGCAGCAGCAGCAGCAGCGAGGCUUACUUUACCAGCACAGAGGGUUCCGUAGCUUUUAUGUCGCCGCAAGCGCCCGUGUCCAUCAACUAUCAACGUGAUGCAAAUGUCAACGAUAUUGAUUAUCAUUUGGCCAAUGAGGCGCAGAGAGUGGCGCCCCAGGCUUACAAUAUUAAUCUAUUGCUGCAGAUCUCGCUUUUUGCAGUUGCUCUGGGCUUUGUUUUUAUGCUGGCAUUUAUUGUUUAUAAGCGUUUGACGCGCAAAGGUGAAGUCUACUGCUCGGUGCCCAAUUCGGAUUUGAAUCUGAGCGAGGACACAAAUGCCACGGAUAUGGCUUAGGGCUCUGCUUGCCUCAAAGCGAAGAAUUAUAGUAUACAAAGAUUUGUAUAAUCAUCUUUGAGCCUAUAAUAAUUUUUGCUAAAAGUUUUAAGAGAUCUGCAUUAAUUUUAAAUACACAAAACGCUUAGUUUGUAAGUUUUAUGCUUAACUUAUUGCGAAAUUUCAUUAACAAAUUCUUUCAAGCUAACCCUUAAAGAUAAUGCAACGAUUUUGCAAACUGCUAAAGUUAGCAAACAAAACAAAACUACUUAUAAUUAUUUAUUAUUAUUUUGUAAAGAUCUUUCUUUUAGUUAUGCAUUGUGAUAAUAUGGCGUCUGAUUGAAAAACAAAAACAAAAAACAUGUUAAUUAUUGAAGUAUCAAAGCAAAGUGGAACGACAAAUGCGACAUGCUAAAUUAAUUAGAUAACAUUGCGUUCCCUGCUAAACAAA